UCAUUUUUUCUCUCGUUUUCCUCUUUUUGUCUUUUUUCGUUCAAUUUUUUCUUCCUUCACUCUUCCCCAUAUCAACAUGCAUUAUCAUUUUAUCUUAUUUUUUGUAUAUAAAACAUAGACAUUAUUACAUCAUAAUCAUGUUUAAUUCAACAACUCAAAACAUAGAAACACAAAAUCAAGGAAACAACACAACACAACCCCACAUGAUGCAAAAUUUGAUGGUGUUUUGCUGGCCUCACCAAAGCUUUUCUUUCUUAUAUGAUCUCUGUCUCUCUAAAAUAUAAUUUCUCAUUCUGCUAAAUUGAGUAAGUUUCCUUUGAUUCAAGCUCCAAAUGAUUCCUCUCUCUCACUAACCCCAAGCACUUUCUCUUCUCACUCUUCUUCUUCAGAUUCAAAAUUUUCAUUUUUUUUUUCACCUUUUUCCUUCCAUUGCUUCAUAUCCACUUUCACAGACCCAGUUUCUAGAAUCUCAUCUUCCGAGUCUCAUUCACCACAGAGAAUAAAAAAGUUCACUCUUUCAUCACUUUUCCGGCGACCCAUUUCACAGAAAGUUCAAACCUAACCAUGAAACUCUCACUCGCCGGAAAAAGUUCACUCUUUUAGAAAUUUCCCGGUGACCCAUUUUCCUGAAUCUUCCAUUCGCCGGAAAAGGUUCACUCUUUAUAACUUUUCCGGCGACCCAUUUUCUAGAACUUCACGGUGAUUGUGCUCUCUCUCUCUCUCUCUCUAACAAUGUCAAUCUUCGAUGGAGCAUUCAUGGACACAGAGCUCUCAAAGCGAACCUCAAUCUUCGGCCUCCGCCUCUGGGUCGUCAUCGGAAUCCUCGUCGGAGUCCUCAUCGUAUUUACCCUCUUUCUUCUCUCCCUCUGCCUCACCUCCCGCCGCCACCGCCGCCGCCGAACCGUUGCCGGAAAAUAUUCAUCCGCCGGAGCACCACCCGCCAAGGAGAUCCAGGAGAUAGUCCACCUCCCUGGACCACACAUGCUCCGGCAGCCUCAGGCGCCGGCGCCGGUGCCAGAGAUUCACGUUGACUUCGGAAAGGUGGAGCACCGUGUGGUGGUGCACUCUGAUAACAACAACAACAGCAACAAUAGAGGAGUGUCUAGCGGUGAAAGUAAAGGAACUGUUAGUGGCUGUGAAACGACAUCGUCGUUUGGGAGUGGGAGUGUCGUUUUGGGGGUUGGUGGUGGUGGUGUUGGUGUGGGACCUGAGGUUUCUCAUCUUGGUUGGGGAAGAUGGUACACUUUGAGAGAACUUGAAGCUGCUACUAAUGGAUUAUGUGAAGAGAAUGUGAUUGGUGAAGGUGGUUAUGGCAUUGUUUAUUCUGGAGUUCUAAGUGAUGGUACCAAAGUUGCUGUCAAGAAUCUCUUGAAUAACAAGGGCCAAGCUGAGAGAGAAUUUAAAGUAGAGGUAGAAGCAAUUGGUCGAGUUCGACACAAAAAUCUUGUUAGGUUACUUGGCUAUUGUGUUGAGGGGGCCUACAGGAUGCUUGUGUAUGAAUAUGUGAACAAUGGGAAUCUAGAACAAUGGCUGCAUGGGGAUGUUGGACCUGUAAGUCCUUUGACAUGGGAUAUACGCAUGAACAUCAUCUUGGGAACUGCAAGAGGAUUGGCAUAUCUUCAUGAAGGUCUUGAACCAAAGGUUGUCCACCGGGAUGUGAAAUCGAGUAAUAUACUCAUUGAUCGCCAAUGGAACUCUAAGGUUUCUGAUUUCGGGCUUGCUAAACUUUUAUGUUCUGAGAAUAGCUACGUCACAACUCGAGUGAUGGGGACAUUUGGUUACGUUGCACCGGAGUAUGCUUGCACCGGAAUGUUGACCGAAAAGAGCGAUGUUUAUAGCUUCGGGAUACUCAUCAUGGAGAUACUUACCGGGAGGAGUCCUGUCGAUUAUAGUAGACCACAAGGAGAGGUUAACUUAAUAGAUUGGUUGAAGACUAUGGUUGGGAAUAGAAAAGCUGAAGAGGUAGUUGAUCCUAAGCUCCCUGAGAUGCCAACCUCCAAGGCCCUUAAACGUGCUAUAUUGAUUGCCCUUCGUUGUGUUGACCCUGACGCGACAAAGAGGCCUAAAAUGGGACAUGUGAUCCACAUGCUUGAGGCAGAUGAUCUGUUAUUCCAACAUGAACGAAAAACUGAGGGAGAAUCUUCGCGUUCGCAACGACAAGAGCGCAAGGACUCAGAUUUAGAUAAGAGGAUACCAGAUGGAGGGAUCACUGAUCAAAGUGAAGAUGAUACUAGUAGAAAUCACCAGCAGCAUACUAGGUGGAGAUGAUAAAUUAUAGUAGUAUGAUAAUUAUUUAAGUCAUUAAAUAGCAAUAUGUUCUCACUCUUUUUGUCUUUAGUAAUUUCCCAUUUUUAUAUAUUUAUUCGUAGCUUGCUUUUUAAAAACAAAAAAAAAUCUAAUUUUUUUCUUCUUUUGAUUACAUAAUUUUGUGCCUGUUGUUAGUGACACCAAUUUGGGAUCCAUAUUCAUGUGUAUACUACUAUGAUUCAUUAUUAUAAGUGAAAAAAAAUAAUCUUGUGUUCAUAUGAAACAAUUUUGGAUAAGUAUUACCCUACAAAAACAGAAAGAGCUGAAACAGAAUGAAGAAUGAGACCACUUUGGCUCCUACAUUUUUGGAUUUAGCAUUUGCAUAAUGGUCCCAUAAUUAAGAAUGUAACAGUGCUAAUUUGUGGCCCCUCAAUUAGUUAUAGUUGCUGUGCUCUGAUUGAGCAUUGAGCACCACACCUACCAUCCAGCUAUGUUGAUAGGAGCAAUUUGAUUGAUUGCAUCAACAUCAUUGCCAACUCCAUU